CCUGGGCUCAGCCAAUACGGUCGCACACACCAUCUCUCUGGAAUCGUAUUUUUGCUUUUCGGAAAACGAAUAUCGGAGCUCCUCAAAAGAGGGAAAAGCGGCGGAGCACGCGGAGACCAAAACGAUCGCAAACCCUAAAAUCGACGACGGAGAGCGGUUUGUUUGCGGAUCCGGGAUGUUGCAGUAGUCGUUUUCCUGCAUUCUUUUGUUGCGUUGCGUUGCUGUGGAUUUGGUUUGGAUUCCACCGCCACCGUUACGAGCAUCGCUUUGAGUAUUUGCUCGUCUUGUUCCAGUUCACAAUGGUAGCAACUGCUGCUACGUCCGCAUUUUAUCCUACUGCUUCUCCAUCUUCUGACUCUGGAGCAAAGAACACCAAAAUUGGAGGUGGCUCUGGGAAUUUGGGGGGGAUCAAGUCAAAACCUUUGUCUUCUGGAAGUCUUCAGGUGAAGACAAAUGCCCAAGCCCCUCCCAAAAUAAAUGGAAGUUCCGCUGGUUUGUCAACACCGGUAGGUGGUGUCAAGGCUGGGGAUGACCUCUCAUCAUCUCACCCACGAACUUUUAUUAACCAGCUGCCUGAUUGGAGCAUGCUUCUUGCUGCUAUUACCACUAUCUUUUUAGCUGCGGAGAAGCAAUGGAUGAUGCUCGACUGGAAACCUAGGCGGCCUGACAUGCUUAUGGAUCCAUUUGGUUUAGGAAGGAUUGUUCAGGAUGGUCUUGUGUUUACCCAGAAUUUCUCUAUUAGAUCAUACGAAAUAGGUGCUGAUCGUACAGCUUCUAUAGAGACUUUAAUGAAUCAUUUACAGGAAACUGCCCUUAAUCAUGUUAAGACUGCCGGGCUACUAGGUGAUGGAUUUGGUUCUACGCCAGAAAUGUGCAAAAAGAACCUGAUAUGGGUAGUUACCAAGAUGCAGAUUAUGGUAGACCGUUACCCUACUUGGGGUGAUGCUGUUCAAGUAGACACUUGGGUCAGUGCUUCGGGAAAGAAUGGUAUGCGCCGAGAUUGGCUUGUGUAUGAUUGCAAAACUGGGGACACUUUGACUAGAGCUUCCAGUAUCUGGGUUAUGAUGAAUAAACAGACAAGAAAGUUGUCAAAGAUUCCUGAGGAAGUGAGAAGAGAAAUAGAGCCUUAUUUUAUGAAUUCUCCUCCUGUUAUUGAGGAAGAUGGCAGGAAACUUUCAAAAGUUGAUGAUGAUACAGCUGAUAAUGCUCGAAUGGGUUUGACCCCAAAAUGGAGUGAUUUAGAUGUCAACCAGCAUGUUAAUAAUGUGAAGUACAUUGGCUGGAUCCUUGAGAGUGCUCCACCGCCAAUUUUAGAGAGUCACGAACUUUCUUCCAUCACUUUGGAGUACCGGAGGGAAUGCGGGAAGGAYAGUGUGAUUCAGUCCCUAACCGCUGUCACUGGCACGGAUGUUGGCACUUUGGCAACUGCUGGCGAUGUCGAGUGCAGUCACUUGCUUCGAUUCGAGAAUGGGGCUGAGAUUGUGAGAGGAAGAACAGAGUGGAGGCCCAAAAUUGGCAGCAACUUUAGGAUUCUGGACCAUAUUUCAGCUGAUCAUAGCAUAUAAGCUGCCAAGCCAAACGUCUCAGCAUAUGCUUCCGGCUAUGUCCAUGGUUUGUGCCAAACUCUGCUUUCAAAUAUCAGAUAUAUAUGUCUAUACAUAUGUUCUCUCAUUCCCUUCUACUAAUUAAGAAACAUGGAAAGAAAAAAAGUUCAUCUGAUUGUAAUUAGCCCCUAUCUAUUAUGCUUCCUCUGCCCGAGAAUGCUAUACUAUAUAUUGUGCAUGCUUUCUCAGCCUGGUCGGUUACUCUGCAAUCACGCGCUGCUGGCUCUUCUUGUCUCAGAGCAGAUCGGAAAAUAUUUAAUUUGUUUGGAAAUUGAUGGAAAAAAUUUUACUCCAACGGUUAAGAUUUGUAUAUCUUUUUUGCAUUUUCUGUAACUUUUGGUUGGAAGAUGAGAAAAAGGAAAGGAAAAUUUUUCUUUUUUUCUGACCUUGAAUUGUCAUCGUCAAUUUCAAUGUGCGUAAGUUUUGGUUUCUGGAUUUA